AUGUUCUCCACUAUUUCAUUGGGCGCUCGGGCUCGACCCCAGCUAGGUCGCGUGACCACCCGGCGUUUCUACUCAACAAAGACAGGUUCGUCGCAUUGGGGUAGAAAUGCCGUGCUUGGAGGCCUCAUCACUGGCCCAGGUCUGUGGUGGGCAACUUCUGGUCGCGACGUGUCCAAUGUGGUGGAUGUGCCUGAUGUGCCUGACGUGCCGCGGCUAGACACUCCGCCCACGGAUCAGUUGACAUUCGGGCCGGGCCUUUCACCAGACCAGGUGACCCGGAUAAUCUCCCAAAAUGCCUAUUCGGUCCCCGUUACUAGAAUUGCUAGUGUGGCUCGAUACGAUGGCACUCAAUGGGCUUCGAAUAGCCCCUGCGAGGACCGCUUUUUGCAUGGUCAAUUCCCUUCGCCGUGGAGGGACGGUAAACAGUGGAUGGCCUGGGCGGUCUUUGAUGGACAUGCGGGGUGGCAAACGGCAGAGCUACUGAAACACCAAAUGCUUCCUUACGUGCGCCACAGUCUAGAACAGAUCCGAUCGGAUGCAUCAGUUCCGCCAGAGCGGAUCCAAGAGGCUCUGAUCAAAGGGUUCCUCAACCUUGACGCCUCCAUUUUCAAGACCGCCGAGGAUGCAUCCCGCAGCGACGAACCGCUGCAAGAUAAAAUCCACAAGAUGGAACCCGCGUAUGCAGGUUCAUGCGCUUUGCUUUCCAUCUUGGAUACCGCUACAAGCACACUGCAUGUUGCAUGCACCGGUGAUUCUAGAGCCGUGCUGGGCCAACAAAGACCAGACGGCACCUGGGAGGCCAUUCCUUUGUCCGUGGAUCAGAGCGGGACGAACGAAGAGGAGAUUGCCAGACUGCAAAAAGAGCACCCUGGCGAGGAGAACAUCAUCAAAGAUGGGCGGGUGCUAGGCAUCAUGGUCUCCCGGGCAUUCGGGGAUAGCCGGUGGAAGUGGGCCUUGGAUUUUCAGAAAGAAAUGCACAAACGGUUCUACGGACCGGCCCCUUUGACGCCCAGAUAUGAUGUGCGGACGCCACCAUAUCUGACUGCCGAGCCGGUGGUGACUAGUACAAAGAUCGAUCCCAGUAGACCGUCUUUCAUGAUCAUGGCCAGUGAUGGCUUAUGGGAUCAUUUAUCCAGCGAGCAAGCGGUUGGCCUAAUGGGGAAAUGGCUCGAAUCCUCAGAGAAGAACCCCUCAGCCCCGACCAGCCCAGCGCCGUCGGAUUUUAUCUUUGAUAAAGGAGUUGAGGAGAGAUUUGUGGAGGAGCGGACGACUGUCCAGGAUGGCAAUGCCGCAGUUCAUUUGACUCGCAAUGCUUUUGGUGGAAACCAACAUGAGUUGAUCGCAGGACGACUGGGCUUCGGUUCUCCCUUUUCCCGUAAUGCACGGGAUGAUAUUACUGUGCAAGUGGUUUUCUUCCAUGAUCCCAAACGAUAG